AUAUAUAUAUAUAUAUAUAUAUAGUGGUUAGCAUAUACACAUACAUCUUAUUGCUCUGUGAGCUGAGAGCACCCAGAACCUACUAUGCCCCAGGAGCAGCGAGUACAUCAGUGCCCAGAUCUUGGGUUCUAAUGUUCUCCAGUGAAAGGGCCCAGGGCUCCUUGGAGAAAUGGCCGAUUCCAGGGCUGGGGCAAGGAGUGCCCAAGAUGAGCCCGGUGUACCUUGUCAUGCCAGAAAGCAAAGAACUACUUAGAAAGACACAACAAAACCCCACAAGGACAGGAUUAUGUCAAAGCGAUGCAGGAACCAUGUGAAAGCUCUCAGUGGCCAAAGCUGGAACAGUUGAGCAACAAAAUUAAUACCGUGGUAUUGGCAUAUAACCCAGAGUAUGAAGAAUAUGAUAUAAGUGAUCAAUAAAUAAGUGAAGGAAGGAAAACAAAUCUCCCUGCAGAAGAUUUCCAAGCAAUGAUGCAGCUACUCCGCCCUCCAGGAGGUGGGGCGCAUCCUCCCUCUUGUCACCUGUGGGCUGUUCAUGGGGGCUCCUUCCACAGCACUCGGGGAGGGAAGGAGCGGUGGAAGAGUGGAGGAGCCUGACUAGCACCCCAGCCCGGUUGUCAGGGUCGGCACCACCAGUGGUAAGUUAUGGUGCUCGUGUGCACCUUGAUGGCAUUGGCAAAAGUGGUGCCUUAUCACUGUUGUCUUCCUCCCCAAAAUCUGUGACCCCUUUCUAAUCACUAGGAAACACAGCAGACAACCUUAAUUAAGGGACAGGCGAUGAAAUUCCUGACCAGUACUCAAGACUGUCUUCAUAAACAAGGACAGUAUGGGAAACUGUCACAGCCAAGAGGAGCCUGGGGACACGGGAUGACUCCCUGUCAUGGGGAGUCCUGGAUGGGAUUGUAGGACAGGAAAGGACAUUAGGUAAAAGCUAAGGAAAUCUGUACAAAGUGUAGACCUUAGUUAGUAACAAUGUACCAAUACUAGCUUAUUACUUGUGACAGAUGCACCGUGCUAAUGUAACGUAUUAAUAAUGGGGAAAGUAGGUGUGUGAUAUAUGGGAACUCUACUAUUUUCACAGCAAUUCUAUAAAUCUAAAACUGUUCUUAAAGCAUGUCUCUGCCUCAGUCACCUCCCCAAGUCUUGGUGAGGUCUAACAAAUCCCAGGGGACCAGAGGCAUAGGUUGUCGCCAAGGGCAUAGGCCACUUCCUGCCCCACCCGGCUCCUUCUCCCAUCAGGCCCCUGUAUGGUUGGUUGGCUGGUUCCCCUGAAGGGCACACGUAGUUAACUAGAAACAUUUUUCUGUAUCAAUGGGAGUAUGUAUUGUAGAAAAUUUGGAAAACACACAAUAUAUUUUAAUUAAAAAUAAAAACCACCCACAAAAAAUAACCACUAUUAAAUUUGGAUGUGUUACGUACGUAGAUAUACAUAAAUAUAGCCUCAAAAAAUUAGAAGAAUAAUGUGUGUGUGGCUAUAUAUCAUGCAUUUUUCACUUUAGGUUUAACAAGCAUUUUCUUAUUCACUAAUUUUUUGUUGUUGUUUGGCAACAGGAUUUUUAGUGGCUGCUUGUUUAGCUAUCAUUUGAAUGUACUAUAAUUUAGUUAAUCAGUUUGCUUGAGCUGUAAUAUUGUGUAUUUGGGAAGUUUCCAGUUUUACUGUAAUAAACUAGGCUGUGGUGUAUUUUUGCACAUGUAAAAAAAUGAUAUAUGUCUGUAAUGACCAGUGCGAUGUUUUGAUCUACAUAUACAUUGUGGAAUGAUUAACAUACCCAUUCAGAGUGUUUUGAUGCAAUUUGACUCAGGCACAAAAUACAGACACUGAUUUUUGGUGAAUAGAGCCACUCUAUCUAGGUAAUGUGUCUGGGGGUGUCUUGGACCAGGGUCCAUUCAUGCUGGUAAUAAAUCCACCCUUGUGGGGCUGCUCCACUUUCCUUUUCUUCUGGGCCCUCUCUGAGAAUUAGGACAUGACUACUUUCUCUGAAUGGGCCUCCUGAAAGCAAAACGUCCUCCUUCAACUCUUUAAGGACAGGGACUUGUGCUGUCGCUGCUGCAGUGUCCCCACUGCACAGAGCUGAGAACGUGGCAGGUGCGUGAGAAAAAGCCCUUGGCGUGAUCUUGGCCGUAAGCAUCACGGCUGUAUUUUACAUAUGUGUGAAUUAUAGCAUGGCUGAACCAGGACUUUUGUGAUGCUACUGGAACCCCAGGCUCUACAAGUCGGAUACUAUAUAAUAUUCAGAUUCCUAGAACUUUUAAUUAGUUCUUAAAAAUUAUACAAGCUUAGGUAAGAAAUCAAACAGUGCAAACGAGUUCAUUGUGAAAAGUUAAAUGCUCUGUCUCUGAGCAGAGACAGAUAUUGCAGCUCAGACAUUACUGCCUUCAAUAGUUUUUUUGUUUGUUUGUUUGUUUUUAGUGUAACAUUUUGAUGGUUUAGGGAACUUAUAGCUCAGGAAGCUGGACGCCAGAGUCAAUCUCAGAACAUUGUGGCUAUAGAUGUUAGGCACGACCAUUUCAUGAAGACAGCCACACUCGCAGUGGGGAGAUUUCUCAUGGGGCCCACUGGUGGCUUGUUCCUUUUGCUCUGUGCCCAAAUUGGGCUCAGAUCACCCUGGGGUCAGCUGUGGGGAGAAUGCCAGCAUGGGGUUGGCAGGAGCCCACUUAGUGCUGUCCUAGACUAUUUGGGAGUGUGCCCUGAGGAAACCAGGCCCCCAGAGGCUCUUAGGAAGGAAAGAAUCCUGGCUGCUCGAGGUUUUCCUAGUAUAGUCUCAGAGUUCAAGGAGGGAUGGUUUGGCUUUGGCCCAUGUGCCCCUUUGCCAAGUUGGAUGGAUGUGCCUGUGAGCCAUCGAGCUGGCCCUGAGAAGAGAGAGAGGGCAGGAGCUGGAGGUCAGGAAGCCAUGGGGUGGUAAGAAAUCCUGGCGGAGGGGAUGGGGAGCCAUGGUGGAUGUGGUGGUCGUGGUGGGCAUGGUGGGGCAGAGUCAGUGGGAAAUCACAGCUGCUGAGUGACUGAGCUCCUCCGCUGUCUUGGCUCAUAUCUUGGGCACUAUGACGGCAGAUGACUGGCAGGCGCGAGAGCAUUGCACCUGCCCUGUCGGGCAAGACAAGGCCAGUCUGAGUCUUGCUGGGAGGAAAGCUGACAGCAGCAGCAGGCAGACAGAUCGGCUGAGGGGAGACAGCCAGGCAAUCAGACCUGUGUUUUUGAGGACUGCCAGCUGGGGAGCCCUCAAUGACGGAUCAGCAGUGGGAACACGCUGGACACACAGGAAAUCAUCAGUCCGGAGGGCGACUGCAAUGCAGGCGUGACCUACCUGAACUGCUGCAGCUGGCCAGUUGGAAAUCACUGACGACAUCGUCUUGUACUUCAUCCCAUCUGCCAUUGAGUAAAAACUCAACGUUGAAAAUGUCCUUGUUGGAGGAGAACUCAGGAGUGAAAAUGGACGCUGAAGACUGGGGAGAAGAUGAACCCUGGUGCUGCUCAGAAGACCCAGCCAGAAGCCCCCUGGAACCAGGCCUGAGUGUCCCCUCCGUGAAUUCUGUCCCCUCAAGUGCAAAAGUGAAUGCCAGAGCGCCAGAAAAAUUCAGCAUUCGUGACCAGGAUCAAAAGGUUUUGGUCCUGUCUGAUGAGACCCUCAUUGCAGUUCCAAAUAAACCGUACACAGUUCCAGAGACCUUCUUUGUAUUAGCCUCGCACACGAGCUCAAGCCACGAAGGAAGCCCAAUUCUCCUGGCAGUCUCUAAAGGAGAGCUUUGUCUGUGCUGCGAUAAGGACGAAGAACAAAGCAAGCCAUCCCUUCAGCUGAAGAAGAAUGAACUGAUGAAACUUGCUACCCAGAAGGAAAAAGUACGUCUGCCCUUCGUCUUUUAUAGGGCUCAGGUGGGCUCCUGCUGCACGCUAGAGUCAGCUGCCCACCCUGGUUGGUUUGUCUGCACCUCACGCAAUUCUGGUGCACCUGUUGAAGUGACAGAUACAUCCGGAGAAGGGAAAUUAAUGGAGUUUUCAUUUCAACAAGUUUCCGAAACUGAAAUGAGCCCCAGUGAAGUCAGCAUUACGAAUGCCCCAUUGAAUGCUGCCUUCUGCUUUCCCAAUGCGGAGCAAUCGCCUGAGAACAUAGAACCUGCUAAAUGCACAAAAGAACUAUACAGAGGAUCAAGAAACCCAAAAGUCGGGUUUUCAAAAAGAAACAAAAUUGAUAUCCCUCUUGCUAGAGUGACAAGAAAUGAAAGAAAACAACUUUAAUAAACUGAAUCAGAAAUGAAAAAGGAGAGGUGACUACAGACAUCACGGACAUAGAAGACAUCAUCUUCUAUUAACAAUACUAUUGUUAAGUCCGGAGCCAAGAGAGAGGGACACACAAAGCUUCAUGUGUAGCAAAAUGUUGAUUUUGAGCAUCUGGGUGCAGAUGAGUGGAGGCCAAGAAAAGUGUCCACACCGAGGGAGGUGAAAUACUUAGGUUUUAUACAGGGUUUCUCAGAGGGGAGUGAGUACGUGGGCUGGAACAGCAAUUGAAAUAAUUGCUUUUAAAUGACCAAUUUCUGGGACUCCUGUGUCAGUCUCAUGCUGUAGAGAUAAGGGAGGGGAGUCCUUAUCGGGGGAAACAGGAAUGCUGGCUGCAGCUGUCUGUUAGAUUUCACAAUCUCCGGCGACUCUCCAGACUCCUGUGGCUACUGUUUC